AUGUCUGACCAGCGAAAGAUAGAUGAGUCGGAUCCCCAUCACCUUGACAAUGCCCCUGAGGGAUCCUCAGCAGUACAACCAGAAACCGAUGGGUCGAAGUCUCAGGGUGAUUCCGUGAAGAAUACAGAGGCAGAGGAUAAAGAUGACAGUGCGGCCUCCAGGGCCCGCCAAAGGCAGGAAAGAUUCAAGGCCCUUCAAGCACGCGCAGUGAGUGCUCUAAGCACAACCUCAAUAUACCUUGAAUAUCAGCUAAAUUUACCACAGAAAUCUGCCACAGAGCGUAACUUGAAAGAGACAGUUGCAGAGACACAGCGACUAGCAACUGAUCCAGCGCUCUUGUCUUCGUUAUCACGCAAACACGCUUUCGCCUCACACAACCUACUAAAAGCGGAUACGGAAGCUGCUGGCGAGGAUUUUGAGCGCAAGCGCGCCUGGGACUGGACAGUCGAUGAGUCUGAGAAAUGGGAUAGACGGAUGGAGAAGAAGCAGCGACACCGCGAUGAUGUUGCGUUUCAGGAUUAUACCCAAGAUGCGCGAAAAGUAUACAAGCGGCAGAUGCGAGAGAUGCAGCCCAAUUUAGAAGGAUAUGAGAGGGACAAGCUGGCGGCUAUUGAAAAGGCUGCCGCGAAUGGUGAUCUUGAGAUUGUGGAAACAGAAGACGGAGAGAUGAUUGCGGUUGAUAAAAACGGUAGUUUUUAUUCUACUGCUGAUACCGUUGGAUUCACCGAGAACAAGCCUGACCGUGCUGCUGUCGAUAAACUUGUUGCCGAUCUGAGGAAGGCAGAGGAGGUCCGACUCAAGAAACGCAAGGAACGCCGUGGCGACGACGAUGCCGAUGUCACUUAUAUUAACGAGAAGAACAAGCAGUUCAACCAGAAGUUGGCUCGGUUUUACAAUAAGUACACUACGGAAAUUCGGGACAGUUUUGAACGUGGAACCAUGAUAUAA